AUGAAUAGUAAAAGUAACAAAUCACACAAUGGUACCGAAUUUCGAUUCUAUAAACCGAAAGAAGGCACACCACCAUUGACGACGUCUUCAAAUAUAUUGGGACCGGAGAAACGCGAAGAACUAAACGCUACAUUGUUUUAUCUGGAUUCCACCGAUAUCCAAAAAUUUAAUGCAGAUAAUAUGGAAGAUUUAACAUGUUUGGAUAGAUUUGUAGAAAACGUCAAUCCUGACAAGAAAUUCUACCUGCGCCACCUUCCGGUUCUGAGAAGUAUGACUAACAAGGAGCCACGUUUUUUCUUGAAAGAAGUCGACGAAAUAGUUUUACUUCUUUUGAGAAGAUCAUCGAAUUCCAAAGAAGUAAUAUCAGCUUAUUCUCCGGAUGAAAUCGUCCCUGAAACCAUAUCCCUCACUGAAGUCGAAAAAAUGUUUGAUGAUUGUUUUCUGGAUAAAAGUAUGGUUAUGGUAACACCUGACACUGAAUAUUCUCUACACAGUGACUGCCGCCUGGGGUACAUUGAACAACUGUAUUUCAUGGAUCGUCGAGAAAAACCAUUCGUUUAUCCAGCGCUAGCAGUUUAUAAAAUCUUCAACGAAUGCGUUCUUGGACUAAAUUGGACAACGAAUACUUGCAAACUUCACGUUAACUGUAAUGAGAACCGCAGGAAAAAAGUCAUCGAGCUCAUGAAUAAGUAUACAGGUUCAUCGAUGAACCUGAUUCCGUUGGAAAUAGUAGACAGGGAAAUUGUAAAAUUGAAGGCAGAAGAAUGUUUUUUUGGUCAACAAAUAAUAUCCAGCAAGAAGUGGAACAACCUCUUAAAAGGGUUCAGGAACCAUGAAAUGUUUUCUACCAAUCUCUACAAAACAGGCAUCGAUAAUUUUCAUCUUCCAACGAACGGACCGUUAGCAGAACUGCAUAGUGCUCCAAUACAAGGAAUGAGGCUUUCACUUCUGGUAGGAUGGAUAAUCCAGUUCAUUGGACCCAUUGACAAAGACAACGAACUUCUUGCAAAUGUAUUGGUUUCCAAUUUGGAAUUUGCAAUCGAAAAGGAUAUUGAGAAGACUGUUGCGUUCAUGAAAGAUGAAGUGGUUGUUCGUGGAAAAGAAGGAACCAGAAAGCUGUUCAAGCCUUACGGAGCACAGGAAGAUAAUCAGUCAAGUGAGCGUUUCCUAAUGAUUCUUUUUAGAAUAAAAUCAUUUUUAGAGUACGAAAAAAUGGCAGAGAAGGCAAGACUCCGAAAAGCCCUGGAUAGUCAGUGGAAAGAUUUAUCUGAUGAACCAAUCGAGUAUUCAGGAUCCACGAGUACAGAAGAAAUUUGCCGUUCAAUAGUUACCAUCAAAGGACACAGAUAUGGUAGCAACUACUCAUUGCUGAAAAAUGGCCCAAGAGAAGAAAAUCCACAAAAAUUCUUUUUCAUAGAUAUCGAUGAAUGGCAAAAGUUGAUCGAUAUGGAGAGUAUGAUGGGUUUCGAAUGGACAAAAGAUGAAAAGUAUCUGGAAGAUCUCGAAAGUUUUGUGAAGAUGACUGGAAUUAAGAAAUUUGUUCUUCGUCGUUUACAAGAGGAAAGAUCAGAUUCGGGAAGAUUUUCCAGAAUUCUCGACGCACUUGAGGCCGAGAAAAAAAGCUUGAACAAGCAUGUUCGUAGAUCACGCUCUAUGCAUGAGAUCGAAGCAAUGUACAAUAUACAUAGGAUUGACAAGAGUAACAUUACAGUGAUUCCUGACUACGUAGAGAAAUUGAGCGACACUUAUUCGAACGAAAAAAUUUGUUUGCCAAUUAUGACGAUCGGUAGAAACGGAGAAGAUUUGCUGAACAUGGCUGAAUCAGCACUCUACAUUUUCGAAGAAGUGAUAUGCGGUGUUAAUUGGAUGAAAGCGAUCAGAGAGAACGGUAUCGACACUUAUCGAGAUUUCCGACAACUAUUCGAGGCGAUUUUGAAGCCUUUAUUCUGCGAAUGGGAGGCAUGCUACGUAGCCAAAAGUUGGCAUGUCGAGUGCUUCCUCAUACUAAAAACCCACAAGAUAUUCGAAAAUCAAGAUCGAGCUAACAUUUUCUUUGUAUUCACAGAUUUUUCUUCUCCGGUUCCGACGUCCUAUUUCAAUGAUCAAUGUGAAGCUUUUGGUUUGCCACCGAUGCCGGGAAAUUUGCCAGACGCGAUGCUCUGGGACGAAGCAAGAACACUUUUAAAGGUUGUGUGGGCGUGUCAGUACUUUCCUCGUCAAGAAAGAUCAAAGAAACAAGGAGAUACAGCAAUGCAACGAGGAGUUAUCAUGAAUGCAAUGUUCUCAAGAUUGCCUCAGGAAGCGAAACUUCAUAAUCAUUUGGCAAAUCUGAUAACACACUGGUCGGAACCUCUUGAAUCUGCCAGAGAAACAAUUUCACAUGAACCAACUAAACCAGGACGGAUGCAAAGCCAACAAACAAUAGACGAGGAAGCCAGGAGAGAACUAGACCGUGCCCUUGUAAUGCAGAAGAUGAAACAGAAGAAAGAGAAGAAGAAUGCAAAAGCUGUUGAUGCUCCUAACGCUUUGGAAAAUUCUGGGGCACAGUCUAAGGAUACAACUGUUGAAUCUUCCAAUUCUUCUCAACAAAUCUCCAAUAAGUCAGAAGACGUUCCUAAACCCUCAACUAAUGAAGGUCCAGUUUCGAGUACGUCCGCAAUCUCUAAAGCAUCUUCACGAUCUUCGUCGACGUCGACUUCGGAACAAUGUUCCUCUCGAAUACUUGUACCAGAAGAUGAGGAGGCUGUGGAGAAGAAGACAUUUGAGGAUCAAGCGAAGAAAAUGGUAAAGAUGCAGAAUCAAAUCAAAGAGCUCAAGGAACAAAUGAAACUGUUAUCUGAAGAAAAUGAGACACUGAAAGGUACGAUUGAAGAAAGGAAGGAAGAAGACAGUAAUAAAUUGAGGAAGGCAGAGAAGGAAUUGGAGAAGGAGAAAGAGAAAACUGCCAGCCUAGAACAAGCGAUCAAAGACUGGAAAGUUAGUUUGGAAUUCAUGGAGAAGAAUUUGAUUGAGGCUGGAGAGAAACGAGAUGCAGCUAACGAGAAGUUAAGGAAAGCAGAUGAAGAGUUGAGAGAGCAAACUGCAAAAUCCAGAGAGUUAGAACUUCAGUUGAGAGAAGCAAACAAGGCUUUGGCGACGAUGAAUAAGGAGAAAGAUAUAGCAGUAGAAAGAGUAGUGAGGGAAUGGACAGAACGAUGGAAUGUGGAACGUUAUCAAGUCCAAUUGGCACAGAAUCGAACAGAAGAAGCCGAAAGCAAAGUCCGCCAUCUCAUGAAAGAGAAAGUGAAGCUUCUCGAAAAGAAUCCUCAAGAUGAAUCGAACUUUCCAGCUCAUGUAGCAACGUACAAUAAAGAUAUUAGGAAGCUGAGACAGUUGUUGAAAGAAAAGGAAGAUCUCAUUCCACACCUUCAAAAAAGGAUUCAAGAUCUCUCCAAUCAACCAGGCCCGUUUCCGCAAACUUCUGAGGAUCCGAAUAGCUAUUUAGAGAGGAUUCAGAACAUGUUAGAAGUUAUAAAUAGAGACGAUUCAGUUGAAGAGAAAAGAGUGAGAAUCUCACGUCUUCUCACGAACACGGAUUCGGCUGAAACAAGACAAAUCUCCGUCCUCGAGGAAGAUCUUUUUGAUGCUUCAGUAACGAUGUAUCGAGAUACAUUGAACUAUAAUAUAUUCAAAGUCCAGCAGACGCAAAGCAUUGAUGGUUGUCAACCGAUUCCUUGCUAUCCGGAUCUUUCUCAGAGAUUCUUGGAUGCUGAAAAUAAGGAAAGAACGAAGGCGAUGUUCGGAGAAGGAGACUGUGCAAUUUGUUUUGAAAAAAUUGAGGAUCUUGAAGAAAAAAGGACCUGUCCUAAUGAAAUAUGCGGCCUCAAAUAUCAUGCAAAUUGUAUUUUGAAGUCUAUUGAAACUAGGUCUCUGUGUCCGUACUGUAAGACUCCUUAUUUUAAUGCUGAUGACUUCCCAGUUUUGUCUUAA